UAGCCAAGUGGUUUAGCGAGAGAAAAAAAACUAAAAAAAGAAAGACGAUCAGAUAGACACAACUAUGGCAACAUCCUUUUACUCAGGCUUAAAAUGGCUGUUACAUCUUUAAAGAAAGAGCUGUCAAAAAGAUUGGGAUUCAAAUCGAACAUUCUUAUAGCUUUGGCUGCAUUUUGGGUGAAUUUUUGUCUGCUCGGUGUCCUGAGGUCCAAUGCUGUGAUAUAUCGGGCACUUGUUGAUGUAUUCCAUGUUAAACGAGAAGAUGCCGCUUGGCCUUCUGGGAUAUUCGGAUUUUUCAUGUGCGUUACAGGCGCUUUAUCAGGGUUCCUCACCCAUCACAUAAGUAUACGAAAUCUGGCUGUGAUAGGCGCAAUUCUAGCUUCAGUUUCAGUAAGUACUUGCAGUCUUGCCUCAGAGAUGCACCACAUAGUUUACCUGUAUGGAGCUUUGCAAGGUAUAGGUGUCGGAAUCAUUGUACCUCUAACUCAUGUUGUUCUGAACAAAAGCUUCACGAAAUACCGCGCAUUUGCCUUAGGAAUCGCCUAUUCUGGCUCCUCGUUAGGUUCCUUCGUGUUUCCUCCAGUGACUAAUGUCUUGCUGUAUACAUAUGGUCUUGAUGGAACGUUUCUCCUGUUGGGCAGCAUCAUGUUGAAUUCUUUGGUUGGUGCUAUACUCUUUAAUGCGUCCGACCCUGAGAGAGAAAAGGAGAAUAAACAGUACCUCCCACAAUGUGCAACGUUGUACGAGAAUUCAAAUAAACAAAAUAAUUGCAGUAUUGUACAGAAUGGUUUUGUUAAAUAUGAAUCGGAUAUGAAAGAUGGCGAUAGAUUAAAUGAAAAGAGUCUGGAGCCCGUCUUGAAGAGAUCUCUCACAAAUAGAGAACUGUACGCAGAUCAAGAAGAACGUGGAACUCUCUGCAAUCCAAAAAGCUGCUGCAAAUCGAUGCCUAGUUUCAAAAUGGCAAUCGAAAUUCUGUCUAGUCCUCACUUCCUUAUUGUAUCAGCUGCUUACGCUGUCUACUUCUCCACUUCUGCCAUUUUCCUCAUGGUUGUUAUGGACUUUGCUAAAGACAGGGACGUCGAUCUCGAAGAUAGUGUCUAUUUGGUGUCUGCAUUCUCUAUCGGUGACUUUGCUGGACGCCUGAGCUUCGGAUGGAUAGCAGACACCCAGUUCGUGAAAAGAAAUGUUCUUGUUCGUAUUUAUUUAUUGGCCAUGGGCAUACUCACCUCCUGCUUGCCCAUAUGCCCAGUGCCAUCUUUACCUGUGUUUUCCGUCAUGCUUGGGUUACUCAACGGCAGUGUGAUUGUUAACCACUCAGUCCUCCUGAACGAAUACCUAGGAUUGGAAAAAUUGCCACUUGCUGUCGGCUUUUCCACGUGCAUUGUGGGGAUGAGUGCAUUUGUGAGACCGAUAAUUAUAGGUCUCUUUCGAGAUCGGCAUGAAAGUUACGACCAUCUUUUCGUAUUUGUUGGGCUUCUUCAAGUGUCUAUCACAGUGAUAUGGUUUGCAGGAACGUUAGGUUUACUAAUUAGGCGAAGAUUUUUUGUAAAUAAAAUUGUUGAAUAAACAUUUUUCUUCUAA